UUUUUUAAAGGUGCUGCCGAGGGUGGCAAAAGUACACUGCUUAAACAAAUGAAAAUAAUCCAUGACAACGGCUAUAAUGAAGUAGAAAGGCUAGAACGGAGACAGGCAAUCUAUAGAAACAUAUUAAGUGGAGUGGAAUCAUUAAUAAUAGCAAUGCAGAAAAUGGAAUUGAGAUAUUCUACAAAGGAAAUAGAGGAUUGUGCCGAUAGAGUGACGGAAGUAAUUAAACGAAACGACGAAAAGAUUAAGCUUCACCCAGAAUUGAAAAAUGCUAUUGCAAAUAUUUGGGCAGAUCCAAUUAUUCAAAAGGAAAUAGCUCCGAGAGGGAAUGAAUUCAAUUUUAACGAGAGCUGUCCUUAUUUCCUCAACGCACUCGACAGAAUAACUGCUCACACAUAUGUGCCAACAACUCAAGAUAUUUUAAUGCUUAGAAUUACUACUACUGGAAUUAUUGAGGUAAAAUUCGAAAUCAAAGGUGUCAAUUUUCGCGUUUUCGAUGUUGGCGGGCAAAGAAGUGAAAGGAAAAAAUGGAUUCAUUGUUUUGACGACGUUCAUGCCAUAAUAUUCGUAGUUGCAUUAAGUGAAUAUGAUCAAGUGCUGUUUGAGGAUACAAGAACGAAUCGAAUGAUUGAAUCUCUACGUUUGUUUCGUUCAGUAUGUAAUUCAAGAUGGUUCUACAAUACAGCAAUGAUUCUUUUCCUUAACAAAAAAGAUAUAUUUGAAGAAAAAAUUAAAACAACUUCGAUUCAAUGCCUAUUCAAAAAUUAUAUGGGUAAAUUAUUUUUGUUUAUUUAA